GAAGACAGCAUCUGUCAAAGCCCACAUUUAAACUGCUGCCUGCCUGUGCAGCAGCCGAAGAACUACGGAAUGGAUUUUAUAGACCAGAAUCCUCGGUUAAAACAGCUCAAACCCAUUGCUAUUACUGCCUAGCAACAAUGAAGGAAGGAAUAGAGGGAAAUCCUAUUACUGAAGGCAACUGAACCACUACGCGCUCGCACUCCCUCCUAACAUUGCCAUUAGAAAUAUGGAUACUGAGGACAAGAGAACACAGCACUGCAUUGUCCGACAAGGGAAACACCAGAUGUAAAAGCUCCAAUCCAUCGGCCGUGAAUGCCAGACCGCCCCGACCAGACCAGAAACGAGAACUACUGUCCUUUUGUUUGAAGGAUGAACAAAAAGCCCCAAGACAAGGACAACACUUAUGAGCAAGGAAGGUAACACAGCAACGAGCAGACAGAUGGACAGAUUGGAUACUGUGAAAAGCAAUCGCAGGAAGCAGACUGUUGGGGGAUGUGCGCAUGUUCGAUAGCAUCUUUUUUACUGAAGUGAUGGCGUGCCAAAACUAUUUUCUGUGGGUAUAAUCCUCGCACCACAAAUGGCCUGACCAAGGAAGACAACUACUCAACAUGAACAAAAGAAAAUGAAUACCAAAGAAUAGCAGCGAAUUCAAAACACGAUCAGAAAAGCACUGUCUCACAUCCCACCAUUGGAUUCUUACAACAUGCUUCAGUGGAGAAGACGACACUGCUGCUUCGCAAAGAUGACCUGGAAUACCAAAAGGUCUCUGUUCCGCACCCAUCUCAUUGGCCUGAUCUCACUUGUCUUUCUUUUCGCUAUGUUUCUGUUCUUUAAUCAUCAUGACUGGCUGCCAGGCAGGGCUGGAUACAAAGAAAAUCCCAUGGCUUACACUAUACGAGGAUUUAGAUCUACAAAAAGCGAGGCAAACCACAGCUCUCUGAGGAGCGUGUGGAAAGACGCCGUACCUCAGACGCUCAGGCCCCAGACAGUCACCAACUCCAACAACACCGACCUGUCACCACAAGGAGUAACUGGUUUGGAGAACACCCUCAGUGCCAACGGAAGCAUUUACAACGAAAAAGGCACCGGGCACCCCACAUCGUAUCAUUUCAAAUACAUCCUCAACGAGCCUGAGAAGUGCCAGGAGAAGAGCCCUUUUCUAAUACUGCUCAUCGCUGCAGAGCCAGGCCAGGUGGAAGCCAGACAAGCUAUCCGACAGACUUGGGGUAACGAAAGCCUGACGCCUGGCAUCCGAAUUGUUCGUAUUUUUUUGCUGGGAUUAAGCAUCAAGAUAAACGGAUACCUCCAGCGGACCAUAGUAGAGGAAAGCAGACAGUACCAUGACAUCAUUCAACAAGAAUACUUGGACACCUACUAUAAUUUAACCAUUAAAACUCUGAUGGGAAUGAACUGGGUUGCAUCUUACUGUCCACAUGUUCCAUAUGUCAUGAAAACUGACAGCGAUAUGUUUGUCAAUACUGAGUAUUUAAUACACAAGCUUCUGAAACCAGACCUUCCUCCAAGGCACAAGUAUUUUACAGGUUAUCUAAUGAGAGGUUAUGCACCUAAUAGGAACAAGGAUAGUAAGUGGUAUAUGCCACCUGAUUUGUAUCCAAGUGAACGUUACCCUGUAUUCUGCUCUGGAACUGGUUACGUUUUUUCCGGAGAUUUAGCAGAAAAAAUAUUUAAAGUCUCCUUAAGCAUCAGACGGUUACACUUAGAAGAUGUGUAUGUGGGGAUCUGUCUUGCCAAGCUGCGAAUUGACCCUAUGCCUCCACCCAAUGAGUUUGUCUUCAAUCACUGGCGAGUUUCUUACUCCAGCUGUAAAUAUAGCCACCUAAUUACCUCCCAUCAGUUCCAACCUAGUGAACUGAUCAAAUACUGGAACCACUUACAACAAAAUAAGCACAAUGCCUGUGCCAAUGCAGCAAAAGAAAAAGCAGGCAGGUAUCGCCAUCGUAAACUGCACUAGAAGGACAACGCUCCCUCUGUCAAACGUACUCCAUGUGCAAUUUGUAAAUACCGCUGAACGCAUGUACAGUGAAAAUGGAUGAGCUUAAUGGGACAGCCUUCAGUUGAUCCCCAUCACAACAUAGUGGAGUCUGAAAAUUAUUUUUUUAAGUUAAAAAAAAAAAGUAUAGCUCUUGAUAACACUAAUAUUAUGAAACUAUAAACAAAAGGUUUUCCCAGCAAAUUUGAGUAAAAAACACCAUGGUAUAUAAGGACUUUUGUGUCAAUGUGCAAUAAUAAGCAUGCACACUUUGGUGGUACAAUUGCUGAUUUAUGUGCCAAUAAAAUAUAAUGAGCAUAUUUUCUACACUAAUUUUUUUUAAAAAAAAAAGCAUUCAUAGCUCUAGUUCUCAAUGAAAAGUCAUUACAUUGACAUCUAGAAUUGCUAUAAAAUAAAAAAUUUAAAAUGAAGGAAAUGCACAAAGGGCAGAUCAGUUUUACCUUCUAAUACCACAUUAAAAUUAUAUGUUUCUUCAAUGUACAAUACAUUUAGCUGUGUCACAUUUGCAAUUUAGUAAGACACUACCGAGAACUCAAGCACUAAGAAAGUACUCCCUUUGAAGUGGGUCCAGUGUUGGGAAGGUUGCUUAUUGUGGUUAGGAAGGAGGGAUACACAAAAACAAAGUUCAAAAUACUGCCCUUUUGUACAUCAGCUUCAGGAAUCCAAGCAGUAUUCCAGAUUCAACCAGAUUCUCCUCAGAGUUACUAAAAGUUACUUAAUUCUCUAGAAGUCACAGGGCAAGCUCCUAAAACCUGGUGCCAAGUAAUACUUACCUUGGCAACUUCAUGCAAAUUCAUCUAAUCUGCUAUUAAUUUCCUUCUGUAAAUUCAAGGUAACUCAAAGGCUAAUCAGAAAUGCAAAAUAGAACUGCAUGUCUUUCACCAUAGCCUAAAAAAUGCUCCAUUUUGUGGAAAGAGGGAGAAAGCCAACCAAAUCUUUGUUGAUUUUGCUCUUUCCUGCCUGCCAAAAAAAAAAAUUAAAAUAAAUAAAAAAAAAGGAUCAGUCAAGUGAAAACAGGUCUGCUAGAAAAAAAUCAAGCCACACACCUUACUUUAUAGGUGGGGAAGACUAGGCCAUAAUAAGACUGGGAGUUUCAGAUAGCAAUAUGGGCAAGAACAAAAUCUAAGGUAUUUUAAAAAUUGAAGCCACAACAUGUACCGCUGAAAAUAAAUUGUGAGAAGUAGAUUUAAUGUAUUUACAGGUUUCCAGUUUUCUAACAAACAGAACUUUUAAACCUUAUUUUCCAGCAGAGUUACAACAGAGUUGUAUCAGAUUCAGGUUAUUCCUAUUUGUCACAGUGCCAGGGUAAGCAAUACCCACCUCUGAUUCAGCAGCAAAUGAUGGAACUGUGAUUAGCUUUCUGUUUGACUGGGACUUUUUAAUUGGAUUAAAAAACAAAUAUUUGAUGUACUUUUAUUAUUUAAUAAAAUUGAUUAUAUUUAUGG